ACCCUUGCAAAGUGUACAGCUUGAAAUGAAGCUGCUUUUAGUAAUUUCAGUCAUAGCAUAUGGCUGCGCCGACAAGUUGGACCGCAGUUAUUUGCCGCCAAUAAAUGCAGCAUCAUCCGGUGGAAGCUCCAAAGACCUGAACGUUCCGUUUGGGUCAUCAAACGGGCCGUUGGGCGGCGAUUCACUUCCGAAACUACCUGGUUUUGGACAAAAUGGUGCUGGCCCCGGUCAGACAUCUCAAUCCUCUGGUACUGACUUCGGAUCAAAUGGAUUCCGUCCAGGUACCGGCUCUAUAGGAUCAAAAUUAUUUGGCCAAAACGGCGGCACAUCAGGAUUUGGUCAAUCACCAACUGGAACAGGACAAAAUGGAUUAGCGAAUAAACAGACUUUCGGUUCUGGUUCGGGAUCAGUUCAAAGUGCACAAAGUGGAUUUAAGCAAACUGCCACCUUCGGACAAGGAGGUCAAGGUUCAAACUCGUUUACGCAGGCAUACCAGUCUCAACGCGCUCAGAGUGAAGCUGAAAGGAAUGCCCAAAUUCUAAGAUACGAAAAUGAAAACGACGGUGAAAGGUACUCGUACAGUUUUGAAACUUCUAACGGUAUAUCUGCCGAAGAAUCUGGUGUAGCCACGAAUGGUGUCAAGGCACAGGGUGCAUUCUCAUACACGUCAGACGAGGGUGAAAAAAUAAGUGUGACCUACACUGCUGACGAAAAUGGUUUCCAACCACAAGGAGAUCAUUUGCCUACACCUCCUCCAAUUCCUGAAGAAAUUCUUAAGUCUAUCGAGGAAAACGCCAGGGCCGCAGCUGCCGGGACCCAAGAAGGUGCUUAUCGACCUGAAGAGGAUUCAAACGAACUUAAUUAUGGAACUACUUCGGGCUCCGUACAAGGUCAAGGUUUCCAAGGACAACGUACACAAACUGAUCAGAAAGGUUACACUUACGGCGGUGGUUCACAAGGGCAAACUACUAUUGGUCAAACUGGAUCUAAGGGACAAGGAGUGUUUGGACUGACGACUGGUUCUCAAGGACAGAGUACCUUCGGACAGGGUACUGGAACGAAAGGGCAAGGGACCUUUGGUCAAAAUACUGCAUCUCAAGGUACUUUUGGGCAGACUUCUGGCUUACAAGGACAGGGUGUGUUUGGGCAAGGUAGUGGCCCACGGGGUCAAGGUAACUUCGGAAAAGGCACUGGUUCACAAGGACAAGGUACCUUUGGACAAAAUGGUGGAUCACAAGCACAGGGUGGCUAUGGACAGAAUGUUGGAGCGCAGGGGCAAGGUGGGCAAGGUGCUUUUGGGCAGACCGCUGGAACACGAGGACAAGCUGGUUUUGGACAGACAAGUGGCUCUCAAGGACAGGGUUCUUUUGGACAGAGUGCUGGAACGCAAGGCCAAGGUGUCUUUGGUCAAGCUUCCGGAACGACAGGACAAGGUGUCUUUGCACAGACCACGGAUUCACAAGGACAAAGCGGUAUUGGAAGUGGUUUAGCUAACCAAUAUAAUCAACAAAGAAACGGCCAAAAAGAGUCGGGCUAUCAAUAUAAUCGUCCACAAGGUUCUUCCUCUUCUGUUGGUAGUCAACCUGGACAAGGCUCACAGACCCAGGGUGCUUUUGGACAGACAGCCGGUUCUCAAGGACAGGGUACUUUUGGACAGACUGGUGGACAAAGUAGCUUUGGUCAGUCUUCUGGAACGCAAGGACAAGGUGCCUUCGGACAAAGUGCUGGGACGCGAGGACAAGGUGGCUUUGGACAAACUACUGGCUCCCAAGGUCAGGGUGGAUAUGGACAAACUACUGGAUCCCAAGGUCAGGUUGGCUAUGGACAAACUACUGGAUCCCAAGGUCAGGGUGGAUAUGGACAAACUACUGGAUCCCAAGGUCAGGGUGGAUAUGGACAAAUUACUGGAUCCCAAGGUCAGGGUGGAUAUGGACAAACUACUGGAUCUCAAGGUCAGAGUGGCUUUGGACAGUCCCCCGGUGGAAAAGGACAAGGAGGCUUUGGGCAGACUGUUGGUGGGAAAGGACAAGGAGGCUUUGGGCAGACUGCAGGAUCACAGGGUCAAAGCGGCUUUGGACAGGCUGCUAGUACACAAGGACAAGCAGGACAAGGUGCUUUUGGACAAUCUGCUGGAACCAAAGGACAAGGAGGCUUUGGAGGUCAGGGAGUAUUCGGACAAAUAAGUCAAGGACAGGGAACGUCAGGACAAAGUGCUGGAGCUCGAGGACAAGGUAACUAUGGACAGAGUGCUGGAGGGAAAGUACAAGGUGCUUUUGGACAGACUGCUGGACAACAGGGUCAAGGUGCCUUUGGCCAGAUUGCUGGAGCCCAAGGGCAAGGUAGCUUUGGAAUAGGAUCAGGUUCUCGAGGACAAUCAGGUCAAGGCAAUCAAUUUAACAAACAGGGCUCUGGAAAUGGUCAAAAAGAGACAGGUUACCAGUAUAAUCGUCCACAGGGAUCUUUUCCUUCUGGUGGUAAUCGACCUGGACAAACUAAUACACAAUCUGGAUCGGGUUCAUCUGGAUCUUUCGGGCAAGGGUUAGGCUUCCAACCUAGUUCUAACAGGCCCGGCGGCAACCAGCCCGGUUCGGGGUCCGUGAAUGGUAGACUUUCACAAUACCAACCUGGUGGGACUACACCAUCUUCAUCGGGCAAUGGACAGGGACAGGGAACUUCAUACAGGCCUGGUGGAAAUCAAUCCUCAUUUGGUUCAACUAGUGAUUCCGGAUAUCAAUACAAUAGGCCUGGGUCUCAGCCUAGCCAAGGCAGCCAGCCUCAACGUCCUGGAUUUGGAGGAUCUCCAUCACCCAACCAGGGUGCAGGUCAAGAAUUCGGUGGUCCUCGUCAGCCUCCCAGCUAUAGUCCCGAGGAAGGAUACAAAUAUUGAGGCCAAAGGAUCGUAGUGCAAUUUUAGAUUAAGAAAUGGAUCGGCAAAUAGAAAAAUUAAAAAAAAACGUACAUAGCUUAUAAUGAAUUGUGAAAAGCAAAUUGUUUGACUUUUAGGAAAAAAACAUCUGUGUGUUUGUAAAAUAUAAUUUUUGAAUAAAAGUCGACAAAU